AUGCCUGGACUAAAAGACCUUCUGAAGAAGAAAGAGAAGAUUGCGCAGGAUCCAGAGCCAGUGUCCUCAUCCGCACUUGCUGUUCCAGAGUUCAAGAUCAUAAGAAGCACCACAGAGUCAGAGGAAGUUGUACAACCACCCGAUUUCGAAGACGGAGCAACACCUAGCAACGAGAAAUCACCGAAGUCGAAGGAGCGGAGACACCAUCUAGGGUUUAGGAAGUCCUCGAAUGCAGAUGUCACGAAAGACCCUACAGCGACGCAAGAGCGGCAACUGCCCAUACGCCCAAAAGAGGAGCGGAGAAUAUCGGGCAGGCUACACUUCCACAGACCCUCCCAGUCACGAUCGACUUCUGAGACGAGCGUAAUCCUACCACAAGAUCUGCCAGAUGCGCCGGACGCUGUGGGCUACACGGAGAAAGCGCGAGGGGACAUCAACGAGCAGAAAGAGUUGAACCAGCAUCGCGAAGCACAAUGGGAGAAGCGGGCUACGAUACUCGCACAGAGUAAUCCGCUACUUGAGCAGCAAGAGAGACAGCGCAUGGAGCAGGAACAACAGCAGGCAGCGGAGAAGAAACGCGCGCGAUCUCGAAGCCCUAGCAUCUCAGACCGACGCGGCGACGACGACAUCCAAGAAGCCAUCCGCCUGCACGAAAUCGGAGAGCUCAAACUCUCCACCGCCAUGUUCGGUCGCUUAGGUGACCCGACGGGUGCCAACAACGCUCUCGCCCAAGUCCUCUACGGCCUCGCCUUACGGCACGGCUGGGGCGUCCCCGUAGAGCCGGAGAAAGCGAUCCACUACCUCUCCAUGGCCGCCUCGAACUCAGCAUCAGUAGAGAAGAUGGCGCUCGAGAGCGGGAUGAAGAAAGGUGGUGCGGCAAAGGGGGAGUUGGUUCUUGCCAUCUUUGAGCUGGCGAAUUGUUUCCGGCACGGAUGGGGGGUGAAGAAGGACGCGGUGGCGGCGAGACAGUAUUAUGAGACGGCGGCGAAUCUGGGGGAUACGGAUGCGAUGGAGGAGGCGGCGUGGUGUUUGAUGGAGGGGUUUGGAGGGGCGAAGGAUAAGUUCAAAGCGGCGCAAUACCUCCGGCUCGCCGAAGAAAAGGGCCACAAAACCGUCGGUAACUCUUGGUAA